CCGCGCACGCGGCAAAUCUGCGUCAGUCGCAGUGCGCAUCGCAUCGCAUCGUCGUUGGGCGAUCAAGGGACGGAACCCGGCCGAGCAGUGCCGUGAAUGAUAUCAUGAUAGAAUGGCGCGACAUCUUGAUGAUGCAUUGGCUCGGACCCAGGGGAGCCGGAUGGUGCUGCGAGGCGUCAGUCUCAGAUGCUAAGUCGGGAUCCGACCACUGUGUGAGAGCCUGACCUAGGCUGGACUGGGCGGCUGGAACGAGCGGGAGAAGGAGCGAGCUUCUUUUCUACGAAACCUUGCCACGCAAGGCAAGCGCGUGUGUUGCGGCGGGUGCUCUUUCCUGAGGGGUUUGUCUGCCUGCCUGCCUUGCUUCCAAGUCCUGGCGUCGGCCCCAGUCCCAGCCCCGGCUCUAACUCUGGCUCUGGCCCCGGCUCGCCGCAAAAGAGCCUCGUCAAACGCCAACGCAAUGGCCUCUUCCCAUCUUUCAUGCCCCUUUUCCUGGCUAGCUGGGACUUUCGCCUAGUCUUUGCUCGCCAAGCAGCUGCCGAACGUUUCGACUGCGCUAGCCGGACCAGACUUUUGCAUGCCGAUCUCUCCGUCCUUCUGGGUCGGCACACCGUCUUAGUGCCGCUGGCACUCGCGCGAUCCAGUAAUGCGACCUCGUCGUCUGCGUUUGCGACGUAGGGCGGCACUCAGGUAGCCCGUUUGAAUCCAUCCAGGGGCCUUGUCUGGACAGCGGAGAGAGUUGUGGAGGAGGGGCCUCCCAGCCGACCUGAAAUUCCUUGAAGUCUGCUUCGGUCCCCGGUAUGCUGAAUUUGGUCCUGUCGUCUCGUCUCAUCUCCAUCCUCUCGUCUCUCGCUACGGGUGGUAGUCAUGCCACCUUUGCUGCCGCGGUGGUCAUCGCUGUUCGCUCUCCUGUCAUUCGCCUGAUCUAGGAUCGGCUCACAUGUCCGACGCGGACCAAGCUGCGGCUGCGGCCGCGGCCGAAGAAGCUUUCCACAAGUUCGCGGUCGAGUCGUGGACUCUCUAUGGCAUCGGUCUCUUUGCGACCCUUUUGAGGACAUACGCUCGUGUCCGCGCUGUUGGGUUCAAGAACCUGCGACCGGACGACUACUUGGCUUGGGUUGGCAUGGUAUUUUAUACUGCUCAGGCUGGCCUGGCCUACAGCGUCGGCACUGUCGCCCACGGGCUGGCAAACAAUGGCAUGACGGAUGCGGAGCGGGCCGCGCUCUCCCCUGAUAGCCAGGAGUUCCGAUCCAGGAUCAUAGGCAGCAAGAUACAAAUAUCGGGCUGGACCAUCUACUCUGCCCUCAUCUGGUCAUUCAAGCUGUCCAUGCUCUUCUUCUUCAUACGAUUGACCGAGGGUCUCGGGAGACCAUAUCGGAUACGCAUCCACAUUGGCUUCUUCCUGGUUAUAGGGACUUUUUUCGCCUCCAUCAUCACGAUCUUCGCCGCCUGUAGACCUUUCACAAAGUACUGGCAGAUCAAUCCAGACCCCAGCAACAGCUGUCAAGCAGCAAUAUCUAGGCCCAUUGUCUGGGUCUCGUUUGCUUCAAAUGUUUCGACGGAUCUAUACCUGAUUUCGAUUCCACUGCCUAUGCUAUGGCGGUCCAGCCUGAAGAUGCCGAAGAAAAUUGCCUCCACUAUUGUGCUGGGCUCUGGCAUCUUCGUACUUGUCUGCGCCACACUCAAGAGUAUCUUCGUCUUGGUGGAUCCAAUCAACGGCGCACAGCUUGCCGGCUCAUGGGGCACGCGCGAGUCUUUCGUUGCCGUCAUCACCACGAACCUGCCAAUGAUCUUCCCUCUGUUCAAGUCCUGGCUCACACCACUCUUCGGAAGUGCCCUGAAUUCUUCUCAGAAGACGUAUAAAACUCCUGCGGGCUUUCAGACGAUAGGCGGUGGAGGCGGCAAUUCUCACAGCCGAAAUCGCCGCGGCCCUCCCAGCGCGAACCCCAUCACCGCGAACAUGACGUUUAGCGAGAGUGAGGAGCAAAUGGUAAAAGGCGUCAAGAUGCAGACAUUGGGAUACAGAACGGCCUCGUCCUCGGGCGAACAAGGCCCUCCCGGAAGCAUAGUGGUGUCAAAGCAGGUUGACGUGACGAGUGAGGAUCGAGACAGUCAACACAGGGAGCAAGUUCCGCAGCAGACGCGAGACGUGUGGUAGGCAAAUAACAUAGACGUGAAGCGAAGAUCAAAGACCGGCCUAUUUUAGCUCAUGUAUGAAAACGACGAUAACAAUCUUCUUUUCUUGAACGCAUAGCUACCUGCAGGGUAAUCAGUAUACAAGCAGCAAGCACCCG